CAUGGUGACAGACGUACAGCUUGCCAUUUUUGCCAACAUGCUGGGAGUGUCACUGUUCCUGCUGGUGGUGCUCUAUCACUACGUGGCUGUCAACAACCCUAAGAAGCUGGAAUGAUUAUUACAUCAAGACAAUCAGAAGGUGAACGUUUGUGACUGGGGACCACCGAUGGGGAUGAUGCAGCCUGUAAAAUUGUUUUGUAGGAAAAUGUUAAUAAAUCUGUAAAUGUUAAA